GCACCCCCCCCACUGUGUGCUCGCUCCAUGGCUGGCUUGGGCCGAGGUCGCGGCAAGGGGUACAUGAGCUUCAGUAUCGAGGCAGUCGGGAUUGGGAAAGGGGAAAACCUGCCCCCUUCAAUUCUCCAGCCUACACCUCUGUUCCCUCCCAUGGAACACAAGCCUGUCCCCUUGGUGAUGGGAGAGGAAGCAGAGUACAUGUUGGCACUGAAGCAGGAGUUCAGGGGAAACAUGAAGACCCUACCAUUUUAUGUCCGUCCAGCCGUCUCCAAGAAAGAUGUGGAGCGGUAUUCUGAUAAAUAUCAGAACAGUGAGCCGUCAGACAACACCAUUGAGUGGAAUCCAGACUGGAAAAGGCUACCCAAAGAGCUUCGAAUUCGUGUCAAGAAGCCCCUAAAAGAGAACACCUCUCUUAGUGUGGAGACACCUGUGGACCCCAAACCCAGCAAAAAGACCCAGGUGGACAAAGAGGAGAUCAUCCAUAAACUAGAGGUGGGAAUAACAUUAGAGGAGGAAGUGACCUCAGAUGAAGAGGAAGGGGAGAAGAAGAAGCAGGAGGAAGAGCAGCAAGAUGGGGAGGAGGAGUAUGAUGAAGAAGAGUUUGAAGAGGAGACCGACUAUAUCAUGUCGUACUUUGACAAUGGAGAGGAGUUCGGAGGGGACAGUGAUGACAACAUGGAUGAGGCCAUUUACUGAUACUUUGAAAAACAACAACGAUUGUGCAUGCCUAGGACCCAAGAGUCCUGGGAAAAUAUAUGUGACACUCCAGAACUGAGAGACACUCCAAAGCUGAGAGAAUGUGCUGUAAGGUCCAUCUUGUAUACAUGGCCUGAAAUGAUCUUAACUCAACACAUGAAUCUUCAAAAUAACCCAGGAUUCAGUCAGUUCCUGACUUCAAAAAUCAUUUCAGCAGAAGAAGCAGGUUGCACAGUUCAAACCUGCAAUAGUUUUAAAUGGCUCUUAAGUGUGGUGGUGUUAUGGAGAGAGAAGUAUGUCAUUCUUCAUAAGCCGACAUCUUUUCUCCGUUUCACCAAUUAUAGUAUCAUUUCUUAGAGGGUUUUUAUCCAAUUAUAGAAAUGUUAAAGAACUUUGAAGAUAUAAAAUGAAGGUGUUUAACACACCAAUUUUAAUGUUAUGUUGUUUUAUGUAGUUUAUAUGUAGUUUUAAAAAGUUAUGUUUUGUAAAACUUGUAUAUCCAUGUAAUAUCCCAAUGUUCUCUGUUAAGUUUGUUAUGAAAGAGGAUUUUACUUAAC